UCUUACUGGAGCCAUCGCCAUAGCAACAAGCACAGUGCCGAGGCCGGGAAAUUUCUGGAUCCCCGAUUCAUAUUCCGAUUCAUCACCGCGGGGUCCAGUCGGACACUUAAACCCAGCUCUGUGUGUGUGUGUGUGUUAUCAUGGGAUUACGCUAUAAUCUGACAAUACGGAUUAGCACAGCGGACCCACCGGCCCUCUGGCUAUCAUACAUUCUCUCUGAUAGCGAUCGUCACCUUCACCGUCACCAUCUUUCUUCUCCUGCUUUUUUCAUACAUUUUUGUUCACCCUUCUCAUCUUUCCUCUCGCUCCAUUCUUUCAUGCCCCCCCCCCCUCCUCAUACAUCCCUCUUUUCAUCCCUUUCAUCUCCGUACCCAUCAUCCAUCCCUUUUUCCUCUCCCCCUCCUCCCGAUCUCUCCUCACGCCUCCCCAUUCGGCUUUUACCUUCCCUCCGCUCGCCUUAUUUACCUUUUCCAGUUUCACUCUCCUCCCGCUCUUCCUCCUGUCUGUCUUUCUUUGCCCCCCCCCCCCCUCCCCCCUCCUCUCAUCUCUCGUUCAUCCAAAUCUCUCGCUUAACUCUCAUGGGAUCGGAGAGGAGAAAUUCUAUUUCACACGCCUCUUUUUUUUCCUUUUUUCUUUCCCAAUCACUCUUGAUCUCCUGUCUGCAUCAUCUCUUUUCCAUUUCUUUCUUCUCUCUCCUCCCUCUGCACCCCCACCCCAGUCAGCCCAGUGGGGGAACCCCGAGCCCCCCCCUCCUGCAUGCUACUAUGGUUGCAGGGCCGAGUGCCAACAUCGGGGGGGGGGGGACUAGUUUGAGUUCAGUUCAGAGCAGUGGUUGACUCUUUCAUUCUUUAGCUCUUUCUGCUGAGUUUGUGGCAUAGCAGGUCCACGGAUGUUAAAAAUGACGGGUUUCUGUUCUGAACGUGAAUUCUUUAAUUAAUACUGGACAGGAUUGCUAAUACAAUCAGUCCAUUCAUUGAUAAGUCAAUAAACAAAAUAAUAAUAGGCAACUAUUCCAGUCAUUGAUCGUUUAAUCGUUUGGAUCCGGCUCCUCGGAUGUGAGGAUUUGUAUUUUAAAUGUCAUAUUCGUGUGAUUUAGAAGUUGAAGUGGACAAAACCACAAGUUUAAAAUGGCACUUUGAGCUCUGGGAAUUUUCAUUUUUUCGCAAUUAUUUUGACAAUUCAUUCAAUUUUAAAUUGAAAAUUGUUACUCGCAGCCCCCAUAUAUACACUGUAGAAACCUUGAUUUCCUGUUUCAUUUUCAACCUUUUCAUAGUUUUAUCAGCUUCUGAUCUUUGGUUUGGUUUAUGAAUUAAUUUAAAAGUAGUUAGAAGCAUCAAUAAAGAAAGAAUAUUAGAACCCUAUUGUCAUCAAAUGUAGUCGAUUAACGGCGGGUGAGGACGUGUCGGACCGUGGCGGUGAAGAAUGAGCCGAGCCACAAAGCUCGACCGCCGCGAGUAUUUCCUCCACGAGGAGCUUCAGUGACCUGAGAGGACCUCGGUAUCGAGCAGCGGCUCCCUCACACUGGGAGGAGCCGGUUGAGGCGGAGGUUGGGGUACGGCGUAAGAAUGCCGCCUCCCGCUGCAGGUGUUAUCUUUUAUUUUUUCAAGUGAGGCUGUAAAACUCUGUGGGAAACCCUGGAGUGGGCGGGAGGGGAGGGGAGGAUUUUGGGUAUCCUCCGGGAAACCUGGAGGAGGUAACAGAAGUAACUACAGAAGGACACUGACCCUGGGUAAAUAGAUAGAUGAUGGAUGAAUGGAUAGACCAGACAUACGUAUAUGCUAGAAAAGUACCCUCAGUAGUAAGGUCUCCCUCUCCAAUCCAAAACAACAAAUAAUUGUCCUUCCAGGCUCCCUUACAGUCAAGAUGGCGGCGAAGAUAACAAAAAACAGGGAUUUAUUAAUGUCGCGCCAUGCCUGUUUUUAGAGAAUCGUAAUUUAUCGGCCUCAACAAAGGCCAAAAUGUGUCCUUCAACAGACUCGGUAAUGCUUGUUCUCAGCCCAGCCGAUUAGCGGAAAUGCCUUUUGCUGCUGAAGCAGUUGUAGAUCACUGUGAGUGACGAGUCAGCAGUCAGUGACGGAGUAAAUCAGUCGAUAAUAAAAUAGCUUUUUCAUAAAUUGCAAAUCACCCCAACCACAAAAAGUCCUUAAAUGAGCACGGAAAAUAUCAGGAUGAUGAGUCCAGUGGUAUGCGAGAUUAGUCGAGGACAGACAGACAGAUACUCACACACGACCGAACACAUGAUCUCCAUAAUAAACGGAGAGGGGAUUAAAGAAGACACAAUUCAAGAUUCUCAUACUGCAAUAAGUGAUUGUUGUACAUGAAAUGGGCAAUCCACUGAUCGUACACAUAACAUCAUAUUAUUCAGAUGUUCAGAACUUCAUUAUCGUGAAGGAAAUAUCUUGUUUCAAAUGUUAAAAAAUGAUCCAUCAUACAGAGAAUCGGUGCAGAGCUGCUCUAUCGACACCAGACAGACAGUAGCUGCAGACACAGGUACAAUAAGGCUAUUGUUCUCUGUGUAACUCGACCACAUACACAUGGCUGUGGUCCUCAAAGCCUUUCUUUCUCCCUUCAUGUCACACACACACACACUCACACACACACACACACACACAUGCAGUGCAAUUAGUUUUGCCAAACUAGUAAAAUCACGUCCGUGCACUCUCUGCACACACAAAAAAGAGCUAUCGACGGCUCUGUUAUGACAAUCACACACACACACACACACACACACACACACUUUCUCUCUGUCAGUCCAAAGCUUUCCAUUGGUUAGUUAUGUGUCUGAAUGAAUAGGCGAGGUUACAAAGAGACAUUUGAUCGGUUGACAGUCCAGAGAGAGGAGCAUGAAAGAACGAGAGCGCUUGGGAGCCUGGUUUCAAAGACCCGUGAGCUGUUUUUAAACUCAGGAUAUCGGUUUAAAAGCCGGCUUCCUUAACUUUCAUGAGAAAGUUGGCAAUUAGUCUUCUUUAAAAAAGCUGUAGUUGUUAUGUAACUUACAUACUUAACUAACGCCACCUACAUAAUUAACAAACGUACUUAUUACAACCCAAGCCACGAUGUUUUCCUAAACCUAACCAAGUAGUUUUGCUGCCUAAACCGAGCCAAUUAAGCUAAAACUAAGUAAACCUACGUUGGAAGUUUAUUUUGAAAAGAUGCUGCAUGCAUGUAACGAGACGGAACUGACAUGCCCAAAACUGACCCUAGAGUCGUACCUGUAGCGUCAUAGUCGUUAUUUGGCGUAAGACUGUUUUGGCAAUUACCGCUUAUCGCCAUAGGUGGCACCAAAGACAUGAAGCAGAGGUCUUCGAGACUGUAACUGGUAGUCGGAGAGUUGUGCGCUCAGUGGAGGGGAAACAGAACUGUACUUGUGAUACUUUUUUUUUUUUUCUCCUCCUCUAACCGUGUGACUCGACAUGUAACUCUCUCCUAGGGUUAAUCUAUAGUAGUAAAUUAGGGGGCCGCUGCUGACGCUGCAUGAUAUCAGUUCAUUACAUGCCCCAGUGGACUGUACAUACAGUAUGCUCAGAGCCUAUCACAGCCUCCUUUCCUCCCCUCCCCUCCCCUCUCCUCACGAUUCAAGUUUUUAGACGUCAUUAUUGUUAUUAAUUUCAAUUUGCCUCUCAUUUACGAGCAUUAUCGCAUGUAUAUCUUACACAUAAGAGCUCUAAAACUUUUUGCUAUUCACUUCUCAGCUGUAACAAAAGAAACAACACCUGCACUGUGAAUGUUACACUGGACACUUUUUUCGAGCAAUGGAAGCCUUAACAACAGAGACAUGGAAUUGGUUAAUAUUGAUGUGGGAAAGAGACCUACAUCAACCACUGAGCAAGAGCUUUAAAGUACCUGUAUAUGUGUACUCAGCAUGUUUGACGGAUAUCUACAUGCUUCUUUUUUUUUGCAUUGAGUAUAUGAGAGUGAGACAGAUAAUGGAGGUAGAGAGAGAGAGAGCAGUAGGCUUAGACUUCUGUCUGUUGGAUCAGGUUCAGACCAGGGAGGGUUGGUGGGUCAGUGUCUGUGGGAUUGGCUUCCUGUGAUUGUAAAUCUAUCCCCUUGCUCUGUAAUGGAUGUGUGUGUCUGUGUAUGUGUGUGUGUGUGUGUGAGGGAGAGAUCAGGGCGUGUCGUUAAAAGAUUUCAGACAUCAAACUUGACCUGUUUAUUUUCUCUUUCAUGUCUUAUACUUCCCCUGUUCCCCAGUAUGUUUUAUCAGCUUUUUAGUUUUUUUAAGACGUCUUCCUGUUUUCUCAUCUGCUUCCAUUUUAUUUUGCUGUUUGCUGUUAUUGCAGAUUCAACACUAAAUCCUGAUAUGUUUACCUGCUGUCCAUAUAGAUUCAGUAUAAAGUAAAUUCCUCGUCACCACUCAGCUGCCCUGAGUUUCUUUUCUUUAAUAGAAAUACUGUUUUCAUUCAGUAGUUACGUCUCCUAAAAAACCUUAACCUUGUUUAUUUUACUAAGAUCCGACUAGGAUCAAAACAUUGUCUACUUAAAUACAUCAUUUUUGUGAUUAGGAGUCAGAGUGCGGGCAUUAGCCUUCCUCGAUACUGCUAUCCGAUAAUGUGUUGAAUUUUAACUGGAAUGUCGAAUAAACCCCACCAACCUCUAUCGGUGGACAUGUUGCUGCAGUGUUUGAAUGCGCAAAAUACCGUCGUUAUCAACUGGCAUAGCUAACGGUGGCUAACCUGGCAACUGGAACGCAGUUAACUGGGGUUAACAGCUCCGAUUUCCGAUUUCUGAGGUAAACAGAAUCACGUGAGCCGCUAUGGCAAUUCCUUUUCCCUUCAAUGUUUUUUUUACCCAGACUCUGCUGUACUUUGUGUUCAGUGCUAAUUAGCAUAUGUUAGCAUGCUAACUUGCUAAACUAAGAUGGUCGAAGCUGGUAAACGUCAUACCCGCUAUGUGAUAAUCAGCAUGUUAGCAUUGUCAGUGUGAACAUGGCGACGUUAGCCUCCAAACACCGCUUUGUCUGAGUACAACCUAACAGAGCUGUACCUCUCUGCAUGUCCUACCCGAAGUGUCUCUCUAUCCCUCCCUUCUAACCUAAUUUCUACUCUUUGAGACUUUUUGCCAAAUUUCAGCUUUUUUUUUCAUUUUUAGGUCAUAUUUUUAGGGUGAAACGUCACAUCAGAGGGUCUCAACAGUUCCGUACGUACAGCUUUUUAAAACAUCACCGCCAGUCAGAAUGCCAGACUUAUGUUAAUUCGCCGUAGUUGAAAUAGUCUCAAAGACACUUGCAAUAUUGAAUUAUUGAUGUUUAAAUGCAACACGUGGCGGCUUCAAUAAAGCAUCAAUAUGGAGUCGAUCCGUCUGUGACCGACUUUCAUCUCCACUUCUCUUCUCAUCUUCUGCCCUUUCCUCCUUUCCUUCAUCCACGUCCUCCUCCAUCCCUUCUUCCUUCCUCCUCUUUUCCCAGCAGUCGGACAGAAAUAACCCCGCUGUGUGUGUGUGUGUGUGUGUGUACCAGUAGUCAACUGGAAUAGAUCCAUACCAGGACCUCACUGUAUGUGUGUGUGUUGCAGUACAGCUCAUCACACACACACAGGCAGGGUAAGGCUUUCUCCGUUAGAGAACCUGACAUUUACACUCUGAGACUGAUGCACCAUCUUGCACAUCAAAGCCCUCCUAAACUUGGCCUUUCUCCCUCCUUCCUCUCUCACUCGCUCGCUCUCCCACAUUCAUUUUUCUGUUAAUUUUAACACCAGACAUAGGCUAUUUUUAGAUGCUUUUUUUUUCAACCUAGAAGGCUAUUUUCGUAUUAAAAUAUUCAGGUAAAUUGCUGUUCUUUGAUUUCUUGGUGUGUCUACACUGUUGUUUUGCUGUUACAUAAUCUAUCACCUCUUGUCUCCUCAAAGCGGCUCAUGAGAAAAGAAAACAGCAACAUUACCAACCUCAGGGGUCUUAUAUGUUCACUGUGUCGCAAUUACUUUGUAGAAAUCUUUGUAUUAUCUCAUAUAUAUAAACAUUCUUUUUAAAUUUUGCUACUAAUAAAUGAUAAGAGCAACUCUUGCGAUGUAACAAAUAAAAUUGAAUAUAUCCACAUUUAAAUAAACUGAUAUAAAGACAGAAUAUAAUGGAACGCCGGCUAUAAUCUGCUAUGUGCUCUGUACAUGAUGGCCAUUUAAACUCAACAGGAUAUAUUCACCGUUCACCCCCGUUCACAGCGACUGGGGGUAACAUGGGGGGUCAACUGGGGUUGAUUUUUGCCCAAGGACCCUUUAGUGGGUUAAUCCAGCCCUGCUACUGUGUCAUUACAUUUUUGUUUCUCUAUCUAUUGAGCCAACACUGACACAGCCAAAGAGGAAAUUACGCAUUAUUUAUUUUACAAUAAAAACCUGAAUCCAUAAGCAAUGAACACGCCUUUGCUCAAUUCAAUACACUACAGGUUUACUUGGUCUGGUAUGACCAAUACCUCGUGGUGGCUUUGAAGUUACCUAAUGUUCGCAAACUUUAGAUAAACAGUGUUGUAUUGCUGAGUCUGUUGAUGACUUUAUAACUCAUCUUAUCUCUACCUGUGCCUCUGUUAAGCUACAUCGUAGCAUUUAUGAUUCAAUAUGAUUCAGAAUGUUUAUCAAAGGACUUGUUGAUGAAUGAUCAGAACAAUUAACCUGUAAGUGUAACCAGUCUGUCCAUCCGUUUGUCCUAGGUAAAAGUGUAAUGCUUACAACAACAAAAGAGUUAUGUUACCUAACUCAAGAAUUUGUAUAAUGAGAGUUCUAAAUGUCAUUUAAGGUAACGCUAUAUGCAUUAAGUCCAUACCCUCAUUAGACUUAAUAGCUCACUUUGGAAAACAUCUAAUUUUCCAGCCCCACGCCUGACUGAUUGAUUCAACUUUAAUAACCUGCUUUCCUAUCCAAGUGCAAUGCUAAAAUAUUUGAUUAAUUUCACGCUGGGAGAAUCAAUAUGCAAAGAUAUAACCCCUGCGCGCACAGGCGUGGCUGUCAUUUGUGUCUUUGAUAAUUAUGUGAGUGCACCGGCAGAGUAAUUUACUGCUGGGUAAUUGAUCUGCACAAUAAUAAUCGGAGACACAAAGCGGCGAGACUCAUUUUUGCUUCCACGCACAUCCACACACACACACACACACACACACACAUGCACGCACACUUGUACACAUCCACACACACACACACACAGACUCCAGUGUUGAAUCAGUGCAGCCAGCCUAGUUUAUGAGCUAUAUUAGGACUCAGAUAUGAGAGUCCCUCUCUGCUGAAUUCGACGCUCUGCUAGUUCAGGGGCCGCUGAUGUCAGUAUCCCGUGUAGGAGAAUGUGUGUGUGUGUGUGUGUGUGUGUGUAUGUGUGUGUGUGUGUGUCCCGAACAGCGAUUGUCCAAUCAUAGCUUAGCGACUGUCAAGAUUUGGAUUUCCCAAAAUACUAAAAACUGAACCCGUCUGCAUGGUGCUGCCAUAAAAGAGAUACGUGGCAUUCAAAGAGUUUACAGGGGAUGUCUUUUUUAAAGGUUUUCCGAAACCAAAAACACAAAAUCCAUUUAUCUGCUUCAACAUAUGCUACAAUUGUUAGCAUGUCCAGCUAACUAGCUUUGUGCAGUAGUAACCUAGCGUUAUUCCCAGCCAAAGAGCAUAUAGUGGAAGAGAUUUGUGACAAUUUUCAGUCAACGGUAGCUCCGACCGGUAACGUGAUCGAUGCAGUCAUGUGGUAUUGCUUGAGUUUGCUUCAGUGUGAACAGUAAACUUAAUCGUUAAUUUAGUACGCAGUACAGCAUACAUACAUACAGACUGAUGCAGUAUGCUAGCAUGCCAUUUCGAACAUGACGAAAACGACGGUCAUCAGCUCAAAUUGAGGAGCCCCCGCUUGUCUACCUCUGUCUGAAAUAAAGGAGACAUUUGUUUCAGGCGGUAGAUCUGCCACCGUUAGCUCCCGCUCGAGAACGGAAAGCGUAGCAACAGUAGCUAAGUGGGGCGGGGCUUUGCACGCGUGUUUGCAGUUUUUGUGAACCUGCAUCAGUGCUAGGUCAUACUUGCAUCACUAGUUUAUUAUGUUUGGAUUGUUAUGUGUGUGUGUGUGUGUGUGUGUGUGUGUGUGUGUGUAUGUGUACACACCCAGUGUUGGCUGUUUUCCAGAGCCAACUUUCCUCCUGAAAGCGGGAGAUAACACAGCACUGCUCGGAAAGGGAGUAAGAGGAUGACAGAGGGGGGGAGGCGAUAAUGCAACUGUGGGAUGGGAGUUUAUAGGCCAACAGGGAUGGAGGGUGAGAAUAGGGGGGGUGGGGGGGAGAGUAAAAGAAGGAGAAGAAAAGGGGGUGUAGUAGGAGAGAUAGCAGGAGACGAUUAAAAAGAGGGAGAAGAGGGUGUGAUGAGAGCGGCAUGGAGGAUGUGAGCUAGAGUGAGUGGAGGACUCUUGGUAGAAGAGGGAGGAGGAGGAGGAGUAGUAGGUGGUGGUGUGCAGGGGGUGGUGGUGGUGGUGGUGGUGUUCAUUAUGAGUCAUGCCCAGGGAGGCUGAGUGCCGCUGGGGAAACAGCUCACUGACAGUCCCAGGCAUCUAAAGGCCUUCUGGAGCUUCUCAUAAUGUGUGUGAUGUCAUCAGGGAGAAGAGGGACAGACAGACGGAUAGAGGUCAAAGUAAAACUAGGACACAACAGCUCCUCUCCUCUCCUCUCCUCUCCUCUCCUCCCAGCCCUUGCCCUAUAUUGCGUAGGGGCAGUUUUACUGCAGCAUUGCAAGUCCAGAGAAAUCCCUCUACACACACACACACACACACACCUUGUUCCGCUUUAUUAAUGCCCCAAGGCUAACUAAGCUUUACGUCAAAGGUCGUACAUGUUCUUUUUUUUUUUGUUUUAAUCUCUCUCCAUCUCUAUCUUUGUCUUUCCAUCUCCCUCUACCUCUCUAUUUCACCUCCCCCUCUCCUCCUCUCAACAGUCUAAAUGCAGCGAGCAAAUCACAAUAUUCCAUAAUAGCCGGAGCCCACGCUGUCGGGUCACAAUGGAGGGACGCGAGGGAGAGAGAGGGAUGGAGAGUCGAGAUGGAAGCGGUACAUUGAUAGGCGGUGAAUAACGGAGUGGAGCGAAAUGGAGAAUGUGAGGAUGAAGAUGAGAGGGUGGGGGGGGGAUUAUGAAGCAGCCGAGUGAGGAGCUCCUCGGUUCGGCAAAGAAAGUGAAUGUCAACUUCCAGGAUACAGACGGGUUUUCUCCACUGCAUCAUGCGUCGCUCAAUGGGAACCUGGAGCUCAUCACUCUGCUGCUGGAGUCACAGGCAGCUGUCGACAUCAGAGACCAGAAAGGUAUGCGGCCGCUGCACUACGCAGCCUGGCAGGGGAAGGCGGAGCCUAUGAAGAUGCUGCUUAAGUCCGGCUCGUCCGUCAACGGCCAAUCGGAUGAGGGACAGAUUCCCCUCCACCUGGCAGCGCAGCACGGCCACUACGACGUGUCGGAGAUGCUGCUGCAGCACCAGUCCAACCCGUGCAUUGUGGACAACGCAGGGAAAACCCCUCUGGACCUGGCCUGCGAGUUCGGCAGAGUCGGGGUGGUCCAGUUGUUGCUGUCCAGUAACAUGUGCGCUGCCUUGCUGGAGCCCAAAAAAGGAGACACCACCGACCCCAACGGAACGUCUCCGCUCCACCUGGCCGCCAAGAACGGACACAUAGACAUCAUCAGACUGUUGAUCCAGGCGGGCAUCGACAUCAACCGACAGACCAAAGCGGGCACUGCCCUGCAUGAAGCCGCCCUGUGUGGAAAGACUGAGGCAGUGAGACUCCUGCUGGAAAGUGGUAUCAAUGCCACAGUGAGAAACACCUACAGCCAGACUGCACUCGACAUCGUCUACCAGUUCACUGCAACACAAGCCAGCAGAGAGAUCAAACAACUGCUGAGGGAUGCGUCGGCGGCCCUUCAGGUUCGGGCUCUGAAGGAUUACUGCAACAACUACGACCUGACCAGCCUCAACAUCAAAGCAGGAGACGUCAUAACGGUUCUGGAGCAGCACCCCGACGGUCGCUGGAAAGGCUGUAUCCAUGACAACCGUACAGGAAACGACCGAGUGGGCUACUUCCCUUCCACCAUGGUGGAGGUCAUCAGCAAGCGCACAGGUUUGGCCAGCACAGUCAUUUGCACCCAACAGUUUCAAAAGAUACCGCUGGUUCCUCCGGCGACGGUUGCCCCUGCCAACGCGGUAGUCAACGGCAACGACACCACGUUCCAUCAGAUCCAUAUCCUGCCUCCACCGCCUCCUCCUCCACCACAUUCCCAUCAGCCACUGCUUCCACUUUUCACUUCCUUUGGCUAUAGCAAGUCGCCCGUGACAACCCCACUGGGAGACACACCCACUGCCCCAGGUUGCCGCGGCUCAGAGGCAAGUCCUCACAGCUCUCCCACCACAUCCUGCGGGCCCCAUGGCGGCUCCAACGAAGAGAUCUGGGUACUGCGCAAGCCAGUGGCAGGUGGAGACCGCUGCAGUUUGGGUAGUUCUGGCAGUGUGACCAGCGUGAGGUCGUCGGGCAGCGGUCAGAGUGCCGGCAGUGGCGGGCACACCCUCCAUGCGCAGGCUGAGGGGGUUAAGCUUCUGGCCACAGUCUUGUCCCAGUCUGCCAAAGCCAAGGAGCAUCUGCUGGAACAGUCCAAGUCUGUGGACCAGCCUGCAGCAGGCUCCGCCAGCUCCUCUCGGACAUCGAGCCAAUCAGGCUGUCCGCUGCACGAGGCGCCGCCUUACGACGCUGUGGUGACCAGGAAGGGGGAGGGGCAAGGCGAGGGGAAGAGCUCAGAGGCCGUUGUCCAAUGGCUGAGCGACUUUCAGCUGCAGGUCUACGCUCCAAACUUCCUGGGCGCUGGGUAUGACUUGCCCACCAUUAGCCGAAUGACUCCGGAGGAUCUGACAGCUAUUGGAAUAACUAAACCAGGUCACAGAAAGAAGAUGACAUCCGAGAUUAACAAACUAAGUCUCACCGAGUGGCUGCCUGACCAGAAACCUGCCAGUCUCGGAGAGUGGCUGUCUGCUAUUGGUCUAAGUCAGUACCACCAGGUAUUGGUGCAGAACGGUUACGAGAACAUCGAGUUCAUCACUGACAUCACCUGGGAGGACCUGCAGGAAAUAGGCAUCAGCAAACUGGGCCACCAGAAGAAGCUGAUGCUGGCGGUGAAGCGGCUGGCCGAAAUGCAGCACAGCUCAGACGGGCGGGGCUCCCUCAGAAAGAAGCCCCCGCCAAUCACACAGCAGCAGGAAGUCAUAUCGAUGGACGGUCCACCUCUAGACGAGGUCAUGUCUCCAAAGAUGAGCACUUUCCAGGACAGUGAGUUGAGCACCGAGCUACAGAGCGCCAUGACCCAGCCAGGUCAGGAGGUCAAAGCUCAGCGAACACGCAGCAAAGACCACGAUGAGGUGAUGACAGGAGGAGGAGGAGGGGGAGGAGGUACUGGGCCACCUAAGAAGGAGGCACGGACUAUGAGGCAGCAGAGCAGCCAGGGAAGCACCUCCUCCCACAGAGGCAGUGUCUCCUCCCAAGGCAAACACCGUCACUCCCACUCCCAUUCGAUGCCUGCGCCUCCCUACACGCCCCCUCACACUCCUACCAAGACUAGAACCUCAUCUUCCUCCUCCUCCGCCUCCGCCUCCUCCGUCCAGAGCACAGCUUCCCCGCAGGCCAAACACAAGCCGUGCCCCCAGUUCAUCCAGGGGGAGAGGCCUCAGUCACCGCGCUCCCACCCUCAGUCUCCAACCCAACGUGGACCGCCGUGUACUCAGUUUCCGCCUCAGCAACAACAGCAGCCUCAAGUCCUGCCGCAGCACCAGGCACACCCCGAGCACCAUCCGCAGAUGCAGGUCACUGAGGUGAGGGAGAACCAACAACCACAGGUCCCUCUACUCUGCCUCCCACCGGAGGCUGAGCUGGCUGAGGAAGAAGGGGAAGAGGAAGAGUCUUCAGCGCUCCAGAAGAAACGCGCCCACAGCCUCAACCGAUACGCCGCCUCGGACGGUGAGUGCGACGAGAGGGCAGAAGGAGGUGGGAAACAAGAGGAAGGAGGAGAGGGAGAGGCAGAAGUGGUGGUAAGUCAGGGCUCUGCCGUCGCCAGAGGGGACAGAGUCAAAUACGCGACGGUGACCCACCGCGUCAGCCGUAGCCACUCUGUGCGCAACCAGGACAAGACCAUCAACCGCAGCCAGAUUCAGCCCUUCUCCCUGCGUCAGAAGAAGAAAGGCCCGCCCCCACCGCCGCCCAAACGCUCCAGCUCCGCCAUCUCCAACUCCAACCUGACGGAGGCCAACGCGCAGCCGCACGAGCUCACUACCACGGGGGGGAUGCUGGACGUGCCUUACCACCAACAGCGACGGGCCAGCGACCUGGGGAUGUCCGUGGAGGCGGUUGAGGUGGAGAAGAGCAGCGUGAGUAGCGUGGGUAGCGUGAGGAGCAUCGCCGCCAUGUUGGAGAUGUCUUCCAUCGGAGGUGGAGCCAAAGGCAUGGCACUGCAAAAGAAUUUCCUGCAGGUGGGGAAAACACGCGAUGCCAUCGGUCUGGACGGUGAAGUGGUGAACCGACGGCGGACCAUCAGUGGCCCGGUCAGCGAGCUGGUGGCGGCUGCCAGGCGCGAGCAACCAACUCCCUCUGCUUUCCCGGAUCCCUCCGUCCAGCCUGAAAACCCCCCUCUUCCUGAAAAUUCUUCCUCCCCCAACCCUCCGUCCUCCCCCCACCCCAGCUCGGGAGGCAGUGGCAGCUCGUUGGAGAGCCUGCCGUUCGCAGAUGAGGGUAGCCUGACCAUCCGCCGGCAGAGUCGAGGAGAAGGAGAAGGACAGUGUGUAUUUUGUGUUUGUCUGCAGGGUGACGGCGAGGGUCCUCAGGGAGACGGGGGUUACACGCAGGAGGACAUCUCCAGGGUCGAGGCCACGGCGACCUUUAAGCGACGGGCCCGCAGCUCCAAGCCCCACCCCAACGGAUCCGACUUCACCCUCCAGGAAUCGUCCACCGUCAAGCGGCGGCCCAAGAGUCGCGACAAGGAGCCCGAGGGCUACGCCGACCUGGCCACCAAUGGAGAGCCGUUGGGGACCGGGCAGCCGAAUACCACGCAACCGGUGCCCUACCAGAACGGCACGGCCACAAUGAAACGCCGCCCGGCGUCCGAUACCGGAGUGACCGAGCAGCCGCAGCCGCAGCCGCAACCUCAACCUCAACCGCAAGUGGCUGCUGCGCCCCGCAGGGACAGCGUGGACCAAGGAGCUCCAGUGGCAAAUGAAGGAGGUCCCGUGAGAAAACCGAAGCCUCCGGUCUCCCCGAAGCCCGUCGUGGCACAGAUAAAGAGACAGGCAGGCCCACAGACUCCACCACAGCCUGUCUCCAACAAGAGAGUCCCUCUGCCUGGCCCUGGGACGCCUGGAAGCCCAGUGGAAGGAAAGAAGAUCCCUCCACCUGUCUCGCCAAAACCAGCGCCCCCGCCCACAGCACCCAAACCGGCCAAGCUCAUCCACUCCAUGACCAGCCCCUCCUCCACGAGCCCUGCCCCGGUCAAACAGCACCAUGCGGUGGUCCGACAGACCAGCUCACCUCCCUGCUUCCCUCCAUCCAACAUCCCCGGCCCGCCAAACGCCAAGCCGCUGAGCCCGUCUCCCCAGAGCCCUCACACCCCGCAGACCCCCACCACGCCGCAGACGCCCCAGACUCCCGCCACCCCCAGCCCGACCCCGCCACCUGUCAAGCCCCCCCGCUCCUCGAUUGGGGGUGUGUCGGUUGACAGCGGGAUGGCGGGAGGCGGAGUGGCGGCCGCUACGAUGCUGGAUUUCGGCAUGGAUUCGUUGGUGCAUCAGAAGCUGGAGGAGACGAGUGCGUCGCUGGCCGCGGCUCUGCAGAUUGUGGAAGAUAAGAUACUGCGGCAGGAGGACUCCGUAGCCGAGCAGAAGACCACGGUGAGCAUCCUCGACGACAUCGGCAGCAUGUUCGAUGACCUGGCCGACCAGCUGGACGCCAUGCUGGAGUAACCGCAGAAACCGGUCAGCGUGUCUCCACGGCAACGCUGCACCAGGAGUGACUCAGAUGGCACAAUGGGCGACACGCCUCUCUGUCUCUCUCUCUCCGUCUCUUCGUCCUUCUCUCUCUGCCGUGCUCAUCCCCCCUUCUCCCUCCUCCUGUCGUCCGUCCUCCUCCUCUUCCUCUCGUCUCCCCUCGCUGAUGAUGGAGCAGCGCAACGGGCCCGGACCAACAUGUGGCAGAGAGAGCGCAAGAAUGAAGAAUUUACAAAAGAGAGAGACACUAAAAGAGACAUGGUGAAAAAAAAAGGACCAAAAACAGAUGAUGUGGAGAGAUAAAAAAAAAGAAAAUCACAAGAUGAAGAAAUGCAACAAAACGGAGGAGACUGCAAUCAAACAACGUUUUUCAGAACUCCACUCGGACUCUUGAAGAUACGACGGCGAACAAAUAAACUAAACUAAUAAUGAUUGAAAAACCAACUGUGUAACGAAUCAUAGUGUGGUAUGUGUACAUUCUAAGCAUGGAGAGUUUAUAUCUACUGAAAAAAAAAGUCCUGCAUUAGCACAGUAAUAUAUAUAAUAUACCGAUAAAUAUGAAUCUCUAGCUCUUUGGUUUGAUGUCUUGGUUCUGUGUGGAAUGGUGACCUCUGGUG